CUGUACGUAUUUUGCGCAUAAAUUAUUAUUUGUCAUUGUACUUUAAACUCUAUUUGUAUCAUUAUAGUACAGAAGAUAAAAUAAGAUAAAAUAUGUUCUUGAAAUAAUACAACAAGCUAGUAUUAUAAUACUUGAGAGAUCUAAAAUCACUUGAAGGAUAGGUAAUAAUGGAAGAACCAACUAAGCCAAAUAAGGAAGAUUGUUGUAACAGUGGCUGCAAUCCAUGUAUCUUUGAUGUAUACGAGAAUCAGUUAGAAAUGUAUGAAAAAUUUAAAAAAAGCAAACAAUUUUGCUCAAAUCCAUCCAGUAAUGGAAUUUCACAAACUGAAUACCGAAGUUUUGUGAUUUCAGAUAUUUCUAAUAUUACUGAUUCGGUUAAAAUGAUGAAAUUUAACAGUGUUGAAAAACUUCUACACAAGAAAGUUACAUGGAAACCUGGACAACAUUUUUUAUUUAAAUAUGUUUCUGAAUUUAAGACUUGUACAAGAGCCUACACUCCAAUAGCAUGUAAAAAUGGUGAAGUAAAACACGACUUUUAUAUUAUUUUAAAAAAAUAUGAAAAUGGCUUGGUGUCAAAAGCAUUAUUUAAUCUUAAAAAGGGUGAAAAAACUUUAUGGAGAGGUCCUUAUGGUUCAUAUAAAAUAGAAGAAAAUAAAUACAAGCGUAUCAUUAUGGUUGCCCAAGGUACAGGGAUAGCACCAUUUAUAUCUAUUAUAGAAACUAUAUUAAAUAAUGAAGAUGACAUGACAUUAUUAACUCUAUUUUUUUGCUGUUGCGAUGUUAAGACUAUAUUACUCCGAAAUCAAUUAUACGCUUAUAAAUCAUUUUGGAAUUUUUCAUACACUGUUUUUCUAAGUUCAUUUAGUGAUGAAUCCUUAAAAUAUGAAGAACCCAUCGUAAAAAGAAAACUGGUGACAAAAGACUUAGAUGAACUAAAUCCAAGUGCUUCUGAUCAAUUCUUAAUCUGUGGUUCCAAAGCUUUUAUGAGUGAAUAUAAGAGUCACCUUUUAAAUCUAAAUAUAUCUGAAGAAAAUAUACAUUCAGAAAAUCAUAUACGCGUUUUGAACCCAACUUUUAAAGACAUGAAUUGA